AUGGUGUCAGGUUUCUCAUUUGAGGCUGCAGAAACUGCUAGCUUAGAAGAGCAAUUGCAAGGAUGGGGAGAAGUGAUUUUGAUGACUGAUAAAGUUCUUCGCUGGGAGAGAGCCUGGUUUCCUCUUGCACUGAUGAGUGUUGUUUCCUUCUCUUUCCUGAUGAUCUACUACUUGGAUCCAUCUGUUCUUUCAGGCGUUUCCUGUUUUGUUAUGUUCCUCUGUUUGGCUGAUUACCUUGUUCCUGCUCUCGCCCCUAGAAUCUUUGGCUCUAAUAAGUGGACUACUGAGCAGCAGCAAAGAUUUCAUGAAAUUUGCAGCAAUCUGGUAAAAACUCGUCGCAGAAUUGUUGGUUGGUGGAGACGUCUCUUCACGCUGAAGGAAGAGAAGCCAAAAAUGUACUUCAUGACCAUGCUUUGUUCUCUUGUUGUGGUUGCCUGGAUAGGACAGCAAGUUCACAACCUCUUUCUCACCUAUCUUAUUGUAAGUUUCUUGCUGCUGUUUCCUGGACUAAACCAGCAUGGGAUCAUUACAAAGUACAUUGGAAUGGCAAAAAGGGAGAUAAACAAACUUCUCAAGCACAAGGAAAAGAAAAAUGAAUGAAGACUUAACUGCUGUUCAUUCUUGUAAAAGGUUUCCUUGGGAACAGUUUUGACAAUUAAUGUAUAAUUAAGAUAAUAGAAAGAAGUUGUCUUGCUCACUGGCUUACUUUUUUUAUUUUUUUUUAAUUGGCUCCCUGAUCAGUGAAAGCGUCACUCUAGCAACUGGUGUGGAUCUGUGUCUGUCUUGCUCCGCUGCUGAUGGUUCUGCGGCCUGCAGCUGAUCUCAUAUGAAAGAUCCUGAGCUUUGACAUGUGGAGCUUAUUCAGUGUCUUCAACAAAUUAAGGGGCCCCAUAAAUAAAGUCCCCCAACUCGAAAAACAGCAGUAUUGUAAUGUAUGAGUAGCAUUCUUGUAAUUGUGUUUGCUUCACCAGUCGUUAAUGAACUAGUGAUUUGUGGCUACAGCAAGUAUGGAAGUUUCUAAAGCUCCCACUUUUUGGAGACUUGUUACUACUGAUUUUUGUGAGAAGAGGAUAAUUACCUGAACAAGAAUGAAGAAUAAUUAUAGCUGAGGGUGCAUACCCAGAAUUGGGGGCAGACGGUGAGCCCGUUGCCUCACUGAACCUCCUGUUUGCUUAUUUGGCUGCGUAGGUCAGAUUACCUGUCAAAUAGGGUUCUGGAAUUACCUAUGUUUUUAGUUAUUUAGCUGUGGCAUAAAUAUCAACUCAUUGCACUGAAACUGUGGAGACUGAGUUAAGGUGUGUGUUACCUUAGCAGUUGAUUGCCCUAAAAACUGCUGUUGUCAUGGAGCCAUGUAAUGCAUUUGGUUUUAUGAAUGUUGUCUGUACACAAAAUCACCUUGAGUAGGCUAGAUUUCUCUUGUAAAUAAGCCUGUCUGAAUUGUUUGUGCUUUUCUAUGACCUCUCCCUUUUUUUUAAAAAAUUGAACUCUUUUCUUUAAAAAGCUAAAACCUGUGUUAAUGCAUUUUAAAAGUUUACUGUUUUAAAAUGAAUUCUCUUCAGUAUCUAUUGUAAUUGUUGAAUAGAUAAAUAUAGACUUAAGAGAAA